AUGCACUCCUCCAUCAGAUGUGGCGCCUGCAUAGCCUCGGGCCGGCGACUAUGUGACUUCGACGAAGCGCUCAAGAUGUGCACUGGGUGUGCCAACCGAAAGUUGAAAUGCGACUACUACCAGAAACUCCAGCACAGCCGCAAAGACAAACCUCUCAAGGCGAUCUACGCUACCAUAGAGCCAACUAAGAUCGAGCGAUUGGAGUAUCUACUCAACAAAAUCAAACAGUCUCCUCCUCCGCCACCCGCAACAACACACAAUGCUACACCUCCUUAUAAUCUUCUGUUCGAUUCUAACUACGAGCUGCUAUCCGGUACCGACUUUGGAACGCUUAACUCUUCGACCAGUUUCAAGAUUACUCGCACGAAUGCCACACUGCGCCCUGACCAGCCGUUCAUAACGACGAAGAUCUUGGUCCAAGCCUCUGUCGUAGAAGACGGUGCAGGUGGCUUUUGCUUGACCUUCAAGAACGAUGAGGACUCGGCCCACGAUGUUGAGCGAAAUGAAGUAUUCCGCUUCCCAAAGCUUCACUUGAUUCCCAGGGGCGAGAUGGAGACAAUGGGAUAUAAGGGAUUUGUGAGAGACGUGCAGUGCCGUAACGAAGCUUUGUUGGCGAAACUCGAGCACGAGAAGAGGUUGCCCGCCCACAUCCAAUCAAUGACCGAUGUACUCCUCGAAACAUUGCGACACCUCUACCGCACCAUCAAAGACGGGAUCAAGAACGAAUCCGGCAUGACAGAAGAGCAGGUCAACUGGAUAUUGAGGUACAAGACUCGAUUCGUUGUUGCUUGCCCUGCUCUGUACCCAGACUAUGUGGUUGCCAAGUUCCAGUCUCUCCUUGUUCAGGCUGGGUUCACCCAGCCAGAGAUUCGGGGCGAGCCAAAGCUCAGUCUCGCUAUUCAUGCGCACGAGCAGGAGGCACAGCUACCAUUGAGCCAAGAUGGCGAAGUUGACACAACCACUGUGCAGGGCCUUCGCAGUCUUGUAGGUCUGACACUGGUUUUGGUCGAUAUCGGUUGUGGCACUACGGACAUAUCGCAGAUGGUGCUUACCGGACUCUAUCCCAAGAUGACGUUCAAGGCCGUUGCUGUAGGCACCGGAUCACUGAGCGGCAGUCAGCUUCUGAACCAGUACUGCAAAGAGUCUAUUCGAGCUCUGCUCGGUGAUCAUUUGGCUGUGUGCGCAAAGGCAUGCUCCUAUUCUGAAGAAGACAUCUUGGACAUGUUUGAGCUGGGCUUCGAGCGCCCGAAACGCAAAUUCUCAUCCGAAAAUACGACCCCGAUGAAGAUCUACCUCCCGCACGGUUCGAAGCAGCUGCCUAUAUCAGACCGCUUACCAGAGCUGGCCCCCACAUUCAUCAAGUUGAACAAGAAACAGUUGCAGGCGAUCUUUGACAGAUACAUCGCCGAGCUGAUCAAACCUAUUCAAGCACAACUGGAUCUAGUCAACGGUAGCCCUGGUGCAUGGCCAGUCCUGGUCUUCUCCGGGGGCGGAAGCCUAAUCCCAUACAUCCAGGAGAAGAUGAAGAAGCAAUUUGAGGGUAGAUAUCCGAUCAAGUUCCCUAACGACGCCGACCGCUCUACGGUUGCUGAAGGUGCUGUACUUGCUGCUCAGGACCCAGAGAUUGGCACCCGCAGCUUCGCUCGUACUGGCUACGGUGUGUGUCAGAAUAUGGAGUACAACCCAGAGCUCCAUGCGGAGACCGAAGCGAUAGACGCGCCAGACUAUCUCAACUACUCGAGCCAGAAACAGGUUGAGGGCUGCUACUUUCCCGUCAUCAAGCCUGGAGAAUCUGUCGCAGGUGCGGGAAUGGAAGGCUGGCUCGAAAUCAACGAGAGCGACCUUUCCAUCAACAAGGACGGAACUAGGUGGUUCAAUAUUCGAACAGACAUCUACCAGCCUGCAACAGACAAGCUUGCGAAGAAGAAGGACUGGAAGGCGGGAGACCAGGUCAAAUAUGCCUACAAGCUGGGGAUGAAUAUCAGAAACGAUCAGCUCAAAGUGAGACCGGUCGAAGGUGUCUACACCAUCAGCUAUCGCGCGGUGCCGAUGUGGGAUGGCCUCUGCCUGCGAUGGUUCAUGGUCGUGCACCCCAACGGAUACUUUCCCGAGAAGGACUAUGAGGAUUACCAUUACGUGAAGGGCUGCUUUGUUGCUGAGAUCGAGAUGAAGGAUGCUCAGGUGCGUCAAGAUGAUGAGGAGUAG